UAAAAACAAAAGGGAAAGGGGAAACCCGAUUAAUUGUUUUUAAAACGAGUUUUCGGAUUUUUGUGUCCUUUUGUUUUUUCCCUUCCAACGCCGCAGAGGAGAGCACUACGACGCUCAAACCCUAAUAACAAACUCUCUAAUGGAGCAACGCUCGCCUUUUGCUUCUCUUUCUCUCUCAUUUUUGAUUAAUUAGAACAGGGAGAAGAGAAUUGGAGGGAUGUGGAAGACGACCGUCUAAUCGGGAUUCUCUAUGCUGUUUUUGUUGUAAUCUAAUGGCGGAUGAUAAAGACAGGGAGAGUGAACACGGCACCGCCUCAUGGGGGACUUGGGAGGAGCUUUUACUGGCUUGCGCAGUCAAGCGCCAUGGAUUUAAGGAUUGGAAUUCUGUUUCCAUCGAGGUUCAGUCUCGUUCUUCUCUCCCUCAUAUUCUAACCACUGCGCGUAACUGUGAACUCAAAUUCCUUGACCUUAAGCGACGGUUUACUUCCUGCCAAAACGGCGCUGGAAUUGCCGAUAAGGUCGAUACCAGUGUACCUUGGGUCGAUGAGUUGAGGAAACUCCGCGUUGCCGAACUCCGACGAGAGGUCCAGCGCUAUGAUGUUUCAAUCAACUCGUUGCAGUUGAAGGUCAAGAAAUUGGAGGAGGAGCGAGAACAAGGCAUGAGCGAUAGAGAGGCCAGCACUGGAAAACCAGAUCUAAAAAUGGAGUCCAGAGAGCGUCGAUCAGAAAACGACAAAAAGCUCUUCGUCGAACCAGACCACCGGUCCGGAAUAAACGGAACAGUCGCGAAGCCCCCGGCAGUUCCCGGCGAAGAUUCUGACCGGGAGGAUUUCUCUGUAAACCAAUCCAAUUCCACCGGUUCCAAAAGCGGUAACCGUAAAAGCACCGCCGAAAACGAUAAAUCCGAAACCAAACCGGAAUUGGCCGGUUCAUACAGACCAGAACAAAACCGAAGAGCCGCAGAACCAGCCGAUCCACAAUCGGAUGACGGAAGUACGGACACUGUGGUUAAGAACUCGACUUGCGACAUAUCGGAGACAAAAAAGAAGGAAACGCAGCGAGUCGACAACUCGUUCGAGUUAGCGGACUCAGAGGCUCAGUCAAACGGCGGAGAGACGGCGACAAGGGAGAGUAGCGAAGUACAGAGCUCGGCGAGCUUGACGGGGAGGAUGAAGAGGAAGAGACUCCUCAAGAAGGAGAUCUCCGGCGGUAGUAGCGGCAAUGAACCUCGUCGGACACCCGCCGUCAAGUCACGGCCGUUCGACGAGGUUUUGCAGAUGAUACGAGCGCACAAACACAGCUCCUUGUUCGAAUCCCGUCUCCAAAGUCAGGAAACGGAAGAGUACAAGGGCAUGGUGCGGCAGCAUUUGGACUUGGAAUCAGUUCAAGCCAAGAUCAAUUCUGGCUCUUAUUCCUCCACCCAUGCAUUUUACAGAGACCUCUUGCUUCUUUUCAACAACGUGGUUACCUUCUUCCCCAAAUCCUCAAGGGAGUCGGUAGCUGCUCAUGAACUCCGUCUUCUAGUCUCUAUUGAAAUGAAGAAGGCUCUGCAGGUUGCUCAGAUUGACCCUUCACCUGAAGUAGUGGAUUCGUCCCCAACGAUUCCUUCUCAAUCCAAGGGUCCCGAUCUCGAAGGAUCACAGUCUUUGCUUGCAAAGCAGAAGUCCUCUGUUCCUAUAAUAGUUUGUCGGAAACGAAGCAAAAUUUCAUCCAAGCUUUCAUCGACGACGGGUCUUGGUGAAAAAGGUGAACGGAGCAAUGAUGAUGAGAAGUUAGCUGUUGAUCUGAAAUCAAGUAUUAAAAUUGCUUCAACAAACCCUGUUGAAGACCAGGGCACUACAAAAGAUAGCAAGGUUAAAGAGAAACCCAUAACUGGAGCAAGAAGCAUGAGAAGGAGCAAUGACAGUGCCACAAACUCUAGCGGCCCUACCAUCAAGAAACAGAACACGAACUCUGGAUGGAAACCCAGUUCGGGCAAUGAAACAGAGACACCAAUCCCAAUCCCAAUCCCAAUCCCAGACAAGAAGAAAUCGGAUACAGCAACACUGGAGAAGAAGCGAAGUGCAGCAGAUUUCUUGAAGAGAAUCAAGCAGAACUCACCUGCAGAGACUACAACAAAGAGAAAUGGCAGAGGUGGAAGCAGCAGUAGUGUUGUUAAUGCUGCAACAGAACAAAAGAAGGGCAGUGGCAGCAAAAGUGAAAAAGGCAAGGAGAGAGUGUUGGCAAUCAGACAAAGCAACGACAAGAAGCGUCUGAAGGAGGAUGGCAGCAGCCCUUCUAAGCGCAGCGUCGGGCGACCACCUAAGAAGGCAGCCGAGGCUGAUCCCACUCCAAUAAAAAGAGCCAGAGAAGGGGUUGGAAAAGAACCUCUAAAGCGGCCAAAGAAAAGGGCUAGAAGGUGAUCAGCUUAGAUUGUUUGUGUAUACUAGUAGUAUUAGGACUAGAACUAGGACGACUCAGUCUGCAGUGUAUUGAUCUGUAUUGCAUUUAAUUAAUUUUACUUCUAAUUUGUAACACG